UCACUCUUUCCUCGUUUCCUCACUGCUUCUCAUGCCUGUGACGUCUACAUAUCUCACAGUGAUCUGCAGACACUAUCCACCCAUACACAGCUGGAACAGUUCUGAAAGAAAACUAAGAAAAAGCCCCACAAGGAACUAAAAUGGACGCUCUGACUUCUGCUUGUACCCACUUCUGUCUUGAUCUUUUCACAAAGCUAAAUGAACAAAACCCAGCUGGGAAUGUCUUCUUCUCCCCUGUCAGUAUAUCUGCUGCACUGGCUAUGAUCUUUCUAGGGGCAAAAGGUAAAACUGCAGAGCAAGUGUCUAAGACUCUGCAUUUUGAUGGUGUCAAGGAUCUUCAUCCAAAUUUUCAAGCUUUAAAUGCUGAAAUUAACAAGAAAGGUGCAUCCUCUUUUGUCCUGAAUCUAGCUAAUCGCCUGUUUGGUGAGAAGACAUUUGGUUUCCUUCCAGAAUUUUUACAUUCUGUACAAAAGCAAUACAAAGCAGAUUUGGGAACGGUUGAUUUUGUCUCUGCUGCAGAAGAUGCCCGGAAGGAAAUUAACCAAUGGGUAUCAGAGCAGACAAAAGGUAAAAUUCCUGAAAUAUUGAGUGAGGGGUCAGUCGAUACAACCACCAGAUUAGUGCUGGUUAAUGCCAUUUACUUCAAAGGAGACUGGGCUGAGAAAUUCAACACUGGGGAAACCAAAGAAAUGCCAUUUCAUUUAAGUAAGAAUGAACAGAAGCCAGUGAAGAUGAUGUAUCAGAUGAAGAAGUUUCCAUUCACAUACAUACCAGAAAUCAACUGUCGUAUUUUGGAACUUCCAUACGUAGGACAUGAACUCAGUAUGAUUAUCAUGUUGCCAGAUAGCAUUAAAGAUAACACCACUGGGCUACAACAGGUUGAAAAAGAGCUCACUCUUGAGAAGUUCCAGGAAUGGACCCGACCAGAGAACAUGGGGCCGAUUGAUGUGCACGUACACCUUCCUAAGUUCAAACUGGAGGAUAGCUACAAGCUGAAGUCAGACCUGGCUGCCAUGGGAAUGGCAGAUAUUUUUGAUGCGGGCAAGGCAGACCUUUCAGGAAUGUCUGGAUCAAGCAACCUGUUUUUAUCUGAAAUUGUGCACAAGUCCUUUGUGGAGGUGAAUGAAGAAGGCACUGAAGCCACUGCUGCCACCGCUGGUAUUGCAGUGUUCUGCAUGCUAAGGGAAGAAGAAUUUAACGCUGAUCACCCAUUUUUAUUCUUCAUUCGUCACAAUGCAACCAAAAACAUUCUUUUCUUUGGCAGAUAUUCCUCCCCGUAGAUGAACAGGAAAGUUAAAAUAAUCUGUGUUUAUCACAAUAAAAAAACAUGAUAAUAAAAUACUUUUGUAACAAAGUGAAUGUGGAACAUCAAUAAAAAAUAUUGGGGGUUAA